GGAAAAACAGAAAUUUCACGCUGCAAGCACGGAAGUCUCGUCAGUCCACGGCGACGAGUCUCGUUCCAUCGCUUCCGGCAAAGCUUCAUAACUAGUCCAACGUUCUCCGGUCAGAGAAUCCGGACUCCGAUGAAAGACUCCCCACCCAACAACAUCCACCUUUUGCUCUUCCUCUCGACCCCUUCCGAUGACACCAUGGCAUCGAAUCUACCAAUGCCUUCCCAUGUCCUCCCGAAACUUCCCCAAGUCCUCUUCCUUUCCGCCCUUUUCACUACCGUCUACGCCCCCUGCUGGGCCAGCGAGAACAUCUGGUACGAGUGCUCCACCGACUCCAACUACACCAUGAACAGCACCUACCACUCCAACCUCAACCUCCUCCUCCCCUCCCUCUCCUCUGCCACCCUCUCCACCGGCUUCGCCACCCUGUCCAAGGGCCAGGCCCCCGACCAAGUCUUCGGCCUCGCCCUCUGCCGUGGCGACGUCUCCCAAGACGAGUGCCAAUCUUGCCUCUCCAGCGCCGACCAAGACCUCCUCCAGCUCUGCCCCUCGGGGAAGUCCGCGGCCAUUUGGCCCGAUAAAUGCUUCCUCCGCUACUCCAACCGCAGCUUCUCCUCCUCCUCAUCCGAUGACAUCUCAUUCAGAGAGAUCAUCUACGAUUUGGGGAACGUGUCGGAACCGACGAGGUUCGAGCACUUGGUGAGCGAGCUAUUCAACAACUUGACGGAGCGGGCGGCGUACCAUUCGGCGCUCAUGUUCGCAACCGGGGAGGCAAAAUUCAUGACCUCGACGACGCUGUACGGGCUGGUGCAGUGCAUGAGAAAUCAGUCGGGGGACGAAUGCUAUGGGUGCCUGACGGUGUCGGCUGGAAAUAUACCAAAUACUUGUUGGGGGAAGCAAGGAGCGGCGGUCUUGGGAUACAAUUGCUUGAUGAGGUUUGACAUCAACCCUUUCUACAACGAGUCUGUUGGGGCGCCACCGCCACCUCCACCGGAUGAUACGGUCUCUCCGCCCCCGAAGGGCGGCACUCCACCAGGAAAGGACAGGGGUAACAGGAGAUUUUGUUACCAUUUAUUCUUUUGAUAGGAGAGCUUAUAGUAUUCUUCCAGGGUAACUUGCUGCUAUAAUUCCAUCAAAUGAAGCUGGCUGUCUCCCCUGAGAUGCACUAAGAUUACAGGGAUUCAGCUGAUAACACAUCUCCCGAAUUACAAGUGUCCAUCACAAUGAUAGCAGCAUACUGCCCUGGUUCCACCGCCUAAACCUCACCACAUAUUGUGGUGGCAUCACAGGAGAAAUGAGUUGGAUAUCAUCUGAUUGACCCCGCGAUUUCCCAUAACAAAACUCUCAAAAUUUUAUUCAUCAUUCUGAAGACCAGUUGCAUUUUAGGACUAAUGAAGCA